AUGAGUGUGGCAAAGAAAAGAAAAAUAGUAGACGAAAAUAGAAAGUACAGUGAGGAGUGGGAAGAAAAGUACUUUUUUAUAAUUCAAAACACAAAAUUAAUGUGUUUGAUUUGCCGAGAAACAGUAGCUGUAUUUAAAGAAUAUAAUGUUAAAAGGCAUUAUGAAACAAAACAUAAUGAUUAUUUGAAAUUUAGUAGUGAAGUGAAACAAUCGAAGCUCAGGGAAUUUACGUCACAAUUAAAAACUCAACAAAAAAUGUUUAGUUCAGCAUUACAGCAACCAUCUAAUAUCGUUAAAGCAAGUUAUUCUGUCUCAUUUUUGAUUGCAAAAAAAAUGAAAAAAUUUUCAGAUGGUGAAUUUGUGAAAGAAUGUUUGGAAGCUGUAGCAAAGGAUAUUUUACCUGAUAAAAAUAAACUUUUUUCGAAUAUAAGUUUAUCCCGACAAACAGUAUGUCGUCGAAUUAAUGACAUUUCAAACGAAAUUAUUGUAAAACUACGCGAUCGAAUUCAAGAUUUUAAAUAUUUUUCUAUUGCAUUUGACGAAAGUACAGAUAUAUCAGAUACAGCUCAACUUGUAAUAUUCGUUCGCGGAGUAAAUGAAUCAUUUCAAAUAACUGAAGAAAUGUUAAAAUUGAUAAGUUUGAAAGGAACUACAAAAGGUGAAGAUAUUUUUCACGCUGUUGAAAACAGUUUAUGCGAAAACAAUUUGGAUUUGGAAAUUAUUUCUGGAAUAUCAACUGAUGGUGCACCUGCUAUGGUUGGCAAAGAAAAAGGAGCUAUAAAACUACUGAUCGAUAAAAUAGAAUCUACCAGAAAAACUAAUAAUUUCUGGAAAAGAGAUGAUUUAUUUAUAAUCCAUUGUUUGAUUCAUCAACAAAAUUUAUGUUCUCAAGUAUUAUCGAUGAACCAUGUUAUGCAAGUAGUUAUAAAAACAGUGAAUUACAUUCGAUCACAUGCGCUUCCCCACCGACAAUUUAAGGAGUUCCUGAAAGAAUUGGAUUCAGAAUAUGGUGACGUAGUAUAUUUCAGUCAUGUCAGAUGGUUAAGUCGUGGAAAAUGUUUAAAGCGAUUUUAUGAGUUACGUCAUGAAAUUGACUUGUUUAUGAAUGAUAAACAAAAACCAGUAUUAGAAUUAAGUAAUGAUGAAUGGUUAUUAGAUUUAUGCUUUUUAGUGGAUAUUAAGAAAUUGUUGUUAUUUGAAUUUCAAUUAAAAAAUAAUAACGUUCAACACUUUCCAUUGCUAAACGAAUUGAAAAAUUCCAAACAUAUCGAUAGCAUAAAAUAUGCACAAGAAAUAAGGAAACUUAUAGCUGCUUUUGAAAGUCGUUUCACUAAUUUAGACAAAUACAAGAAAAUAUUUGAAGUAUAUUCAUCUCCUUUUCAUACGGAUGUCAAUUCGGCCCCAGAAUAUCUUCAGAUGGAACUCAUUGACUUACAAUGCAAUAAUGAAUUAAAACACAUUUUUGAAACAUCAAAAUCAAAAAUAGAUUUUUAUAAUAUUAAUAUCACAAAAGAACAUUUUCCCAAUUUGAGAAAUCUGGCACAAAAAGUUGUGAGUGCUUUUGGAUCGACUUACACUUGUGAAUCGUUUUUUUCGAAAAUGAAAUUCGCCAAAGAUAAAUCACGCACAAACCUAACAGAUGAAAACCUGCAACAUCAAUUACGGUGUGCAAAUACAAGUAUUUCUAUUGAUUUGAAAAAGCUUAGUGAACGAGUUGAGAAACAAAUAUCUCACUAA